GUCUUGACCUUGGCAUCACUAAUUCAAGCCAAGUGGCUUGCCACUAGUCCAUUUUUAGAGGCGUGACUCACUUUUAUGAUCCGUUUUUCUGUUAGUUCAGUAAGCAUUUUCUUGUGGAUGCCCUUUAACUUAACGUUCCAAGGCUUUCUACGUUUCAAAGUUUUCCACCUCACCUGAAUGUCUUGUUUCUUAGCGGUUUCCUUGGUGACCAGAAGUUCCAGUUGUUACUUUCAAUCUCAGACAGCUGAACAACUCUCCCUUCCAAGCCAGCUCUCUUAAAUUCUAGUCGUUAGAGCUGGUGUCUAUAUUUAGCAGGUGGGAUUAAAUUGCAAAGGCUCCAGGCUGCGCGGAGCAGAGUGAUCCGCCUUUUUACAGCUAGACCCGUGUGCAGCAAGGAGCGAAGACCCUCAGUGUCCCCUUCCUUACCCAGGUUCCUCACAGAAUGGAUUCCCAGCGGGAGCUUGCAGAGGAACUCCGGCUUUACCAGUCCACCCUUCUUCAGGAUGGUCUAAAAGAUCUCCUGGAAGAGAAAAAAUUCAUCGAUUGCACCCUCAAAGCAGGCGACAGAAGUCUUCCUUGCCACAGACUGAUAUUGUCUGCUUGCAGUCCUUACUUCCGUGAGUAUUUCUUAUCUGAAAUUGAGGAGGAGAAAAAAAAGGAGGUCACGCUAGAUAACGUGGAUCCUGCUAUCCUUGAUUUGAUCAUCAAAUACCUGUACUCUGCCAGUAUCGAUCUCAAUGACGCAAACGUGCAAGACAUCUUCGCCCUGUCCAGCCGCUUCCAGAUCCCCUCAGUCUUCACCGUCUGUGUGUCUUACCUUCAGAAACGACUGGCUCCCGGUAACUGUCUGGCCAUCCUAAGAUUGGGUCUUCUCCUUGACUGCCCAAGACUCGCCAUUUCUGCCCGGGACUUUGUCUCAGAUCGCUUUGUGCAGAUUUGUAAGGAAGAAGACUUCAUGCAGCUGUCUCCGCAGGAGCUGAUCUCGGUCAUUUCAAAUGACGGUCUCAACGUAGAAAAGGAGGAAGUGGUGUUUGAGGCUGUGAUGAAAUGGGUGCGGACAGACAAAGAAAACAGGGCGAAAAGCCUUAGCGAAGUGUUUGAUUGUAUUCGCUUCCGCCUCAUGGCAGAAAAAUACUUCAAAGAUCACGUCGAGAAAGAUGACAUAAUUAAAAGCAACCCCGAAAUCCAGAAGAAAAUCAAAGUUCUAAAAGAUGCUUUUGCAGGCAAACUCCCGGAACCUAGCAAAAACGCAGAGAAGGCAGGGGGCGGCGAGGUGAAUGGUGAUGUCGGGGAUGAAGACUUACUUCCUGGUUACCUCAAUGAUAUUCCCAGACAUGGAAUGUUCGUUAAAGAUCUCAUCCUCUUGGUCAAUGACACAGCUGCAGUAGCUUACGACCCCAUGGAAAACGAGUGUUACCUUACCGCCUUAGCAGAGCAGAUCCCCAGAAACCAUUCCAGUAUCGUUACCCAACAGAAUCAGAUCUACGUGGUCGGAGGGCUGUACGUGGAUGAAGAAAAUAAGGAUCAGCCCCUACAGUCAUACUUCUUCCAGGUACGGAAACCAAGGCUGUUAUUCAUCAUCUAUUAUGCCACACAGAACGCAGCUGCACCCCUCAGAAGGAGUUUCCUUGGUGGUGUUGCCCUAAAACACAAAAGGGAGUAUGUCAGGAGUUUGGAAAGUAAAUACCAAAACGAAAGCCAGCCAGGCCAGAAUCACCAGAACGCGGCACUAAUGGGACCAUCGCAGAACUGGAAGUGUACAAACAGAAUGUUUAUCUACAACCCCAAAAAGGGAGACUGGAAAGAUCUGGCUCCUAUGAAGACCCCUCGUUCCAUGUUUGGAGUGGCAAUCCAUAAAGGCAAAAUUGUAAUCGCAGGGGGUGUCACCGAGGAUGGUCUCUCUGCUUCAGUUGAAGCUUUCGACCUCAAGACCAACAAAUGGGAAGUGAUGACGGAAUUUCCCCAAGAAAGAAGCUCCAUCAGUCUGGUCAGCCUGGCCGGAUCCCUGUACGCCAUCGGCGGUUUUGCAAUGAUCCAACUGGAAUCAAAAGAGUUUGCACCCACUGAAGUCAAUGACAUAUGGAAGUAUGAAGAUGAUAAAAAAGAAUGGGCUGGGAUGUUGAAGGAAAUACGUUAUGCUUCGGGAGCUAGUUGUCUAGCAACACGCUUAAAUCUGUUCAAACUGUCUAAACUAUAAACAAGGUGACAACAAUAACCGUUUGAGAAGUGGCUUGUUGGGACAAGAGGCCUAUAAUUUAUUGUCUUUCUUUAAGCCUGUACAGUGAUUCAUGUAGAGUCUCUGAGGUUGACAGUGUAGCCGGAUCUCGGAGUCACUGCUUGUUCCAACGCCGAGUAUAGAACCAUUUGCUAAGAGCUUUAGUGUUCAGCUGAACAAUGUUCUUUUGUUAAACUUUACUCAAAGACGUGGGCUUUCUAAAUCUGAGCUGUUUACUAAGCCUUUGUAUUCUUAAGGUACAUUUACACUGGUUUUCUAUUGUCAAUGAAAUGCAUAUAUUUACAUUCUCAAGAAAUGUUUGAGUAACAGAACCCUUUCCUCGCGUUGUGAGCGAUGACGGGGAUCUUGUGCUGUAGCGAAGAUGACUGGAAAUGCUGUUUAAGAAAAAUAAUCAAUGAGUUUCAU